CUUUCUUGUCCUUUAUAGUUCCAAAUGUUUCAACUACCAAAUUCUUCCCUCUUUCUAAUACAGUACUUUCUACUUGGGUAAAAUUCUGAAACAUUAGACUAAACUCACCACCGCGGCGCUUGGUCCAGACCAGGCGUCGCCGCCACCGCCCAAGAGAUCGAACUUACUAGUAAUGGCAGACCAAAAUGCCAAUGUUCCACACAAUCAAGAACUCAUGGACGCCAUUUCAAGUGCAGAACAACUAUUAAUGUUUGAUGAAAAUCAAGAUGAUGAUCCUUUAUUCCAUAGUUUUGUGGAUGAGAUGGUGCAGGAGCCUGCUCUCAAUGUUCUUGGCAAUUAUGGGACGACUGAUCUUACAGGAAAUCCUCUGGAGGAAAAUACCUUUGACCAAAACAGGAAUUCCAAUGAUUUCCCACAGAAUCCGGCGUUUGGGAACCUAAUAAGAAUUCCCAUUUGGCCAGUUCCACCAUCUCCACACACUUGCACUUGUUGCCAAACACUCAGAGAAAUUUUCCAUGUCAAUGGUAAUCAUGUGUUGAAGCUUGAUGUACAUGGAAGGCUUGGGCUCAUCAGCCAUGCGGUGCUCGAGAGAUACAAUACUGAUACAUCUUCUCAAACUGAUCAUGAGUACCAUAUGUUUGAUUUCUGCCAGGAAAGCAUAAGCAGUGUGAAGCAAUUCUUAGUUCAGUACUGUGAUGAUCGUAAACGAGAAGGUUAUGUCAUGUUGCAGGAUCCGCUCUCUCACUUCUACAACACAUUGUGCAUUGGCCUUGACAGCAAUGGGAGAGCGGAUGCCAACAUUUUCCUUCACCAAACUUCAAGAGGCAACAGGCAAAUGAACCAAGAAGACGAUAUGAACCAACCAGAAGAAGAGGGAAAUGAAGUAAGAUUAAGUAAGAGCUAUAUUGCAUCACAGAGGGAAAGAACAGGGAAGAUGAAAUUGAGAGAUUUGGCAGGGUAUUUCCAUCUUCCUAUCAGCAAGGCAUCUAAGAAAAUGAAUAUAUGUCCAUCUGCAAUAAAGAGUAUAUGCCGCAAGGAAGGCUUGUUAAGGUGGCCUUAUAGAAAGAUCAAAAGCAUUGAGGGUAAAAUAGCGAAGAAGAAGAAAAGUUUGAAUUCAAAUGAUGCUGAUGAACGAGCACGUGCUCUAGCAGAGAUACAAGAGCUUCAAAGAAAACUCGCCAAUUUAUGUGAUGUAAAUGUUUGGUGAUAUAUUUAUUGGCAAAUGUUCAACUCAGAUACUAGUCAGUAAUUUUUACUUGUAUGGACGAGAAAUUAGGCAGCAAUGUAAAAACAACAAAAUAAUCUUUCUGUUUGGUUACCUAUGUUGAAUUUAUAUGAGAUUUCUUAUCAAA